AUGGGUCUGCCUCAAAUUCAUGUGGUUAAGGAGGAAGAGCCUACUGAAGGGAGUACACCUGUAACCGGUCCUAGUUUCAGUGUCAGCAACCUCUGCGAUUCAGGUAAACUUAGUGUGGGAAGCUCAAGUAGAAGUUGGUUUCAGGACCCAUCCGUCAGCGAUUUCAAGAGAAAAUUUGCAUCUGGUGCUUCGAAUGGAUUAAAUAGUCAUAUCAGAACCAGACAUGCUGUUGAUGAUCCUGCAGGCUACCAAGGCCUAAAUCCUGAAUCGAGAGAUCCAAGUUAUAGAUCAUGCCCUAAAAUCAGAUCUCCUGUACAGAUGCCUGCAAUGAGGGUUGUUGGGUUUGAUUCUGCAACUGCUGAUUCCACAGGUGGCCCUGAUAUAAUGGUAGCUCACAAAAUGCAUUCAUCUUUAGUCAUUGGUAAUUGUGAUUCAUCAGUUGAACAUCACGAAGUUCAGGCAAGGAAAAGGGUGCUGUCACCAUUAACUAAUGUGCUUCCUGCUGGACAGUUCCAUGGUGAUGCGCUGAAUAUUGGUUCCAUUGAUGAAAAAAAUCAGCACCCUCAUUGUGUUCAGCUCUCUUAUUCUGGCUUCCAUGACAGUAAAAAGGCUAACACCAGAACUCUUUAUUCCUUUCAGCCAUCUACUAGGCCAGCAUUGAGAUACUCUGAUUGGAGUACAGAACAGGGGUUCUGUAAGUUUAGUUCUAAUACAUUCACUGAUGGUCCUUUGCUUGAGGGUAGGGAAUUCUUUUCAUGCUCAGAUCAACCAGGAGCUGAAAGGAUUAUGAAUCUUGCAAAGGUGUCUACACCGCCUGCAAGAUUAUCACAUUCACCUCCACUCACUCUUUCUCCACUUUGUCCAAAAUGGAUGCAUAGAAUGAAGGCUGCAAGAGCUCAGAGGGAUUUGACGGGACAAAUUGAAAAUGAUUUCCUUGGCUUGAAGGAAAUGGGAAGAUCAAAUUUUGACGAUUAUUCAGAAUAUGUUAGUACAAUAAGGAUGAGGGAUAUGCUAGAUGAAACCAGUAUUUUGAAUGAUGGAUUUGAGACAAUGACCCCUAAGAGAAGUUUUCAUAUGAGAUACCAAUGCUUGGGUCCAGAAUCUGCCCCUGUGUCUGCGCACAUUGGAUGUAUUAAUAGUUUGAACCUCCUACCUGUAAGGAGGUCAUUGGUUGGCUCCUUUGAGGAAUCUCUCUUAUCUGGUCGCUAUUUAUGUGGAAAGGACAAUCAGAGUAUUGAUGGUUUUCUGGCUAUUCUUAAUGUGACUGGCGGUAGCUUUUCUCCCCCAACUCAGAAGCUUCCAUUUACAGUGACCAGCAUUGAUAAAGAUAGCUCCUUGUUGUACUACUCAUCGAUUGAUCUUGCGGGGAGGUUGCCUACAAACAAUAGCAAAGGCCCAAAAUUCAAAAGAAGCCUCAGUAACAGUGAUUCGCGGUCAACAAAUAGUCGGUUACGCAUCCCUGUGAAAGGCCGCAUACAACUGGUGGUCAGCAACCCAGAGAAGACACCACUUCACACCUUCUUCUGUACCUAUGAUUUGAGUGACAUGCCUGCUGGAACCAAGACUUUCAUGCGGCAAAAGAUCACUCUAUCCUCUGCUUCUCCCUCUUAUCCGAGCAGAGAAGGAAGCAAGGCCAGUGAUGUAAAGGUCGAGUCAGUCCAGUGUGGAAGUGAACUUAUAGAGUGCGGUGCUCUAUUUUCUGAAUGUUCGGACAAUAGGCAUGAGUCGGAAAAGGGAGGUUCUGCAGAUAUGGAAUGUUUUCCCAUGGAAUGUGACGUUAGAGAACCAAAUGAAUACGCUACUUCGGGGAAUUCAGAAAAUGAUGCUAAUGCUGAGGGUUGCUGCUGUCAAAUAGACUCAUGUCAAGGUGGAAAGAAAUCUUUCAGCGGAUCUCCCAAGGUCAAUGACAUUCCAGCUCGAGGGGUUCUGCGGUAUGCUUUGCACUUACGUUUUCUGAGCCCCUUCUCCAAGAACCCAUCAAAAUCAAGGCAGCGUUGCAAAUUGGAUCUGUCAUCAGAACCGCACACUCGCAGUAGGACUGAGGAAGAGAGAAGAUUUUAUCUUUACAAUGAUAUUAGAGUUGUCUUCCCUCAGAGGCACUCGGACUCUGACGAAGGCAAGCUGCGUGUUGAGCAUGACUUCCCAGCAAAUCCCAAGUAUUUUGACAUAAGCAACUAA